CAAGCUGUGUGAAGAAGCAGGGUGUGUGGUGGAGGAUCCACCAUGAAGCACCUGUCUAUCUCUAAAUGGCUAAGGCAGCUUGGUCUACCACAGUACUGCUCGCUGUUUGAUGAGGAAUAUGAUGGAGUGGAGGACCUGUUGCACUUAACAGAGAUGGACUUGCUGGAGCUGGGGGUUUACAGUCGGCUCCAUCGCAUCCACAUUCUCUCAAGCAUCCAGGUUUUGCAGGAGAGGGAGACCAAAAGAGAACUGAAAAUGAUGGCCGAAGGGAAGUUUGCCAGCCUUCCCAGGAACCUGCAUGUGGGCCGCCAGUGCACUUUGGCCUCCUCCAUGGACCUGCUGAGCUCUGGCAUGACAGAAGUGCCUUCUACCAGCUACCAGGGAAUCUCUAUUCAUGGCACUCUGCCUCGAAAUAAGAAAGGAGGAGCUGCUGGUCAUUCUAGGAAAUGGGAGAUGUGCGGGUCACUGCAACACCCCAUGCGUAGCCGCCUGCCCUCUUCACCACUCAUUCACAACAUCAUAGAGGAGAACCAGCCUUUUCAAACAUGGAGGGAGGACUACACGGUGCCCAGGGACGCUGUUGGCAUGGAUCCCACCAUGGAUUAUGUCAAGUUCUCCAGGGACAAGCAUAUCAUUGAUGGAACUCAGGAGAAGAUCCGCAGGGAGCUGGAGGAAGAGCUGAAACAGUCUGGCGAGGAGCCGCGCAGCCACGCGUGGUACCAUGGCGCCAUUCCAAGACAGGUGGCUGAGAACCUGGUCCAGCGUGACGGUGACUUCCUGAUCCGUGACUCGCUGUCGAGUCCAGGAAACUACGUCCUGACGUGCCAGUGGAAAAACAGCCCUCAGCACUUCAAAAUAAACAAAAGAGUGGUGGUAAUGAAUGAAGCCUACUCGCGAGUGCAGUACCUGUUUGAAAAGGACGGCUUUGACAGCGUCCCCGCCCUAGUCAGAUACUAUGUGGGUAACCGUGAGCCUGUGUCCGAGGUCGUGGGUGCCAUCAUUUUCCAGCCCAUCAACAGAACACUGCCACUAAGGUCAUUGGAGGAGAAGUAUGGAGUCGGAUCCGUCCAUGCGGAAUCGGCCAACAAAGAGAAGAAGAACCAAAGCACCAAACGACUGAGCUUGAAUAUCAUGAAUGGACACGUCCCAGAUCACACCCUUAGCCGUGGAAACCUUUUAAGCAACAGAGAGAAGUGCGGUAGCCAGCCAGCUUGUCUAAACCACGUUCAGGAGAGGAGACGGCCGUUGAAGACCCAUCAGUCUGAGAGUUUCCUUCCACUCGGAUCAAGGCAUCAGGCCCAGACGCACCAUAUGGAGGCCCAGUCAUGCCCAAAGUCUCCUGUAUUCAGGACAGGCAGUGAGCCAGCCCUCAGCCCUACGGUCCCGCGCAAGAUGGGCUUUGAGACACAAGCAGGCGAGGCUAUCUGUGGAUCUGAUAGUCAGCUUUGCCCCAAACCACCCCCAAAACCCAGCAAAGUACCCUCCACGAGGCAUCCUCACUCACCGUUCGGAGCUCCGGUACCUCCAGUGAAGCCACAGAAACAGUGGUCUUCUACCCCACAGCAGGCAGUCAGCCCAGUUAGCCCUGGCGUGAGCUACUGUGAGCUUAGUCCAUGUAGUCCUGCUGAGUGGGAAAGGAUUAGCGCCGCUAACGGUUAUGUGGAUAGGCUGAAAGUGGAGGAGAAAAGACUCAGCAAUGUGAGCACAAAACUGGAUCGCAGCUCUUAUCAUCAUGCCAUCGAAGCCCUGCAGGACAGCAGCGAGGAGGAACACAAAGAGCAGGAAGAAGAGGAGAGACAAGUCCGACCCUCUGUUGCAAAAAAGGCUAGAGGUUUCCGGAGGCCUGUGUUUGAGAUGCUAUCGGCAUUCAGGCCAGGGGAGGUCGAGUUCAGAUUACUGCCGCAAGAGAAUAAGCCACUGGAAAUGUCUGUGCUGAAGAGAGCCAAAGAACUGCUGGUCAGUCAGGAUCCCAAAACUAUCGCCAAGCACAUCCUGCAGGCUGACUGUGAGGUUGCCCGGAUUCUAAAUGUCUCAGACGAAACGAAAUGUCAGAUGGGCGUGACCUCCGGCCUGGAGCUGGUAACCUUACCACAUGGGAGGCAACUCCGUCAGGACCUCAUGGAAAGGCAUAACACCAUGGCAAUCGGUGUGGCUGUGGACAUCCUGGGCUGUACAGGGAGUCUUGAGGAGAGAUCAGCUACUCUAAAUCGAAUCAUUCUCGUUGCCCAGGAGCUCAAAGACUCCAUGGGAGACCUUUAUGCCUUCUCAUCCAUCAUGAAAGCACUGGACAUGCCUCAGGUCACGAGACUGGAUCAUACCUGGACUGACUUGCGCAGGAAUUACACAAAAACUGCCAUCCUUUACGAGAAAUCUCUCAAACCGUUCUACAAAGGCCUGUAUGACGGGAGUGCAGAGAUUCCACUGAGCAGUGCCACUGUGCCGCUGUUGAUGCCUCUGCUUAUCCUGAUGGAAAGACCAGCAGUUGCAUUUGAGGGCAUGGAGAUCUGGGAAAGCAACGACCAAGGCUGUGAGAUUAUGCUGCGCCACCUGGAGGAGGCCCGCGCCGUUGCACGCAAUGCAGACACCUACUCGUAUAAUGCAAAGCGAGUCCUACAAGACUUCUGUCCUGAUGGUGAAAUGUUGGAGAUCCUAAAGACAGACUUCCAGUUACGCCUACUCUGGGGCAGCAGAGGAGCAGGGGUAAACCAGACAGAACGGCACGACAAGUUCAAACUUAUCUUGACGGCACUGUCCAGAAAACUAGAGCCUCCGGUUAAACACACAGAACUCUGAGAGGAAAAGGAGGCGCAGAUCACUUCAAAGCACCAUGUGGAAAUACUCGAAGUGCAGAACACACAUGGGGCAAUAAAACUGCUGUGAAGAACGGGUGCUUUUUACAAGUGCUUUGGUGCAAAGUAUCUCCCUUAAGAGACUAUCGACACACACCGUGGAAUAAUCAAACUAAUACAAGAUGGUAUUUUUCUUCUCUAUGGACAGUAUCAUGUGUAUAGUGUCCCAAAGAGACAAAGGUACAGCAAGAGAAGAAAAGGAUUCAUUCAUCUAACAUAAGAAGUGAUUAUACACUGAAAAUAAAAU